CUGAACCGCGACGACGGCGAGGCCGAGGACCUCAUCCUGCACUUCCUCAACCAGACGAGCGACGAGGAGGGCGCCUCCACGCUGUUCUUCUACCGCGCCCUGGUGCCGGAGGAGGUAGACGUGGAGACGGACGGAGAGAUGCCUGCCCCGUCUGAGGAGGAAGAAGAAGAGGAAGAGACCGAGUCUCAGAAAGUGGAGUCUGUGGACAAAGCAUCAGCUAAGAACGUUCAGCCAAAAAACAAUUCUGCCUAUCAGCCUUUAGUCGGCACGGAGGGCGAAGAAGUCGACAAAGAGGGUUUGGAAAACCUGCCCGUCAAGAGAAUCGUCAAGCACACCGUGUACAAGACGAAUCUGCACGUGGUUUGCACGCCCGUUCCCGAGGAGUUUCUGGACCAGAAUGUGGUGUUUUUUCUCAGAAAUACAAAAGGUACGAUCUCGGAAGCCAGCGAUAUGAAGGAGGCUAUGGAGAUCAUGCCCGAAACGCUGGAGUACGGGAUCAUCAAUGCGAACAUGCUUCAUUUUCUGAAGGAUGUUCUAUGUCAGGUUUUCUUGCCAGCUUUGUCCUUCAAUCAGCACAAGGAGGCAAGCAUGGCUUUGCCACCUGGAGAGAUCUCCGACUCCUCUGAGUACGAAAUGGACCUACCUAACAUGCCCGGGGAAGCCGUAGAGUAUCACAGCAUUCAGUUAAUACGGGAUGAAUUUUUAAUGAACAUCCAGAAAUUUGCAAAUAAUAUUCAAAGGACGAUGCAGCAACUGGAAGGUGAGAUCAAGCUAGAAAUGCCAAGUAUCAGUGUAGAGGGCGAGGUGUCUUACCUCGCAGCCGACCCGGAGACCAUGGACAUCUUGGAGCAAUGCGUGAUAAACUGGUUGGAUCAGAUAUCCGCAGCUAUCGAGAGCCAGCUGAAGAAGACGCCUCAGGGUAACGGUCCUCUGGCCGAAAUUGAAUUCUGGCGGGAGAGAAACGCAACUCUGAGUGCACUCCACGAGCAAACGAAGCUUCCAAUAGUCAGAAAAGUCUUGGAUGUGAUCAAGGAAGCCGAUUCUAUGCUCGUGGCCAACCUGCAGCCGGUCCUGACCGAGUUAUUCAAGCUGCACAUGGAGGCUUCAGACAACGUGCGCUUCCUCUCCACGGUGGAGCGUCACUUCAAGAACAUAACGCACGGGUCCAGCUUCCACGUCGUCUUGGAGACCAUCCCGGCCAUGAUGAGCGCGCUGAGGAUGGUGUGGAUCAUCUCCCGCCACUACAACAAGGACGAGAGGAUGGUCCCGCUCAUGGAGCGGGUGGCCUGGGAGAUCGCCGAGAGGGUCUGCCGUGUGGUGAACCUGCGGACUCUGUUCAAAGAAAACCGAGCGAGCGCACAACACAAAACCUCGGAGGCCAGGGACACCCUCUGCAUGUGGAAGAAGGCCUACUUCGACACCAGGGCCAAGAUAGAGGCUUCGGGGAGAGAAGCCCGGUGGGAGUUUGACCGGAAACGGCUGUUCGAGAGGACGGAUUACAUGGCCACCAUCUGCCAGGAUCUCUACGACAUUCUGCAGGUGAUGGAGGAGUUCUAUAACAUAUUCGGUCCAGAGCUGAAGGCGGUGACGGGGGACCCCAAGCGCAUCGACGACGUCCUGUGCAGGGUGGACAGCCUGGUCACCCCCAUGGAAAACCUGACCUUCGACCCCUUCAACAUCAAGUCCUCCCAGUACUGGAAAUACGUGAUCGAUGACUUCAGGAUCGAAGUUCUGAUCGACAUCGUCCACAAAAUCUUUGUUCAGAACCUCGACAACCCACCGCUGUGCAAGAGCCAGCCCCCGGUGGCGGGCGCGGUCCACUGGGAGCGCUCGCUCUUCUUCCGGAUCAAGCACACCAUCCUCAGGUUUCAAGAGGUCGAGGAGAUCCUGGACAGCGAGCGAGGAGCAGAGGUGAAACAGAAGUACUUGGAAGUGGGCAGGAUGAUGAAGGGCUACGAGGACAUGAAGUACGAGCAGUGGAGAGACACAACCGAGCAGGUGCUGCCGGCUCUCAUGAAGAAGAGUCUCCUGGCCAAGGUUUCCGCAGAUGAUGCCACGGGCUCCGACCGGGGCACGGUCUUCGCGAUCAAUUUUUCGCCAGCUCUCAGGGAGAUUAUUAACGAAACGAAGUACUUUGAACAGCUGGGGUUUCAUAUCCCCGAAUUAGCAAGGAACGUGGCUCUCCAGGAGGACAAAUUUCUUAGGUACACCGAGGGGAUACAGAGCAUGCUGGAUCACUACCACACGCUCACAGGCACGCUGAAUGAGGCAGAGGCUGUCCUCCUCGACGAGCAUUCUCAGGAACUGGUACGCGUGUUUAGGUCCGGACACAAGCGGUUAAACUGGAACUCACUAGGUAUUGCUGACUACAUAACUCGCUGCAAACAGGCCAUCGGGAAAUUCGAGUCCCUCGUCCACCAGAUUCAUAAGAACGCAGAUGACAUUGCUUCCCGGCUGACGCUGAUAGAGUCCAUAAAUCUCUUUAAAUAUCCAGCCCCUAAAAGUGAGGAGGAACUGCCAGGCGUGAAGGAGUUCUUUGAACACAUCGACCGAGAAAGGGCCAAGGACUUGGACCACAUGGUCAGGUGGUACCUCGCCAUCGGGCCUCUGCUGACCAAGGUCGAGGGCCUGGUCGUCCACACCAACACGGGCAAGGCCCCCAAGCUGGCCUCCUACUACGAGUACUGGGAGAGCAAGAUUUACGAAGUGCUGACAAAGCUCGUCCUGAAGAAUCUGCAGUCCUUUAAUACUUUAAUCCUUGGGAACGUCCCUUUGUUCCAAACGGAAACCAUUUUGACAGCGCCCGAGAUCAUCCUUCAUCCCAGCGCGAACGAGAUCAACAAGAUGUGUGUGCACUGCAUCCGGAACUGCGUGGAGAUCACCAAGCAUUUUGUCCGGUGGAUGAACGGCAGCUGCAUAGAAUGCCCUCCUCAGAAGGGAGAGGAGGAAGAACUUGUCAUAAUAAGCUUUUACAACGAUAUUUCUCUGAACCCUCAGAUAAUUGAACAAGCUGUUAUGAUCCCUCAGAAUGUCCACAGGAUUCUGAUCAAUCUCAUGAAGUACCUACAGAAAUGGAAGCGGUAUCGACCUCUUUGGAAGCUGGACAAAGCCAUCGUGAUGGAGAAAUUCGCUGCCAAGAGACCCCCUUGCGUGGCGUAUGAUGAUAAGCUGCAGUUCUAUUCCAAGAUUGCCUAUGAAGUUACUCGUCACCCUCUGAUUAAGGAUGAGCACUGUGUCAGGCUUCAGCUAGGGCCGCUGGCAAACACGGUGCAGGAAAACGCCAAGUCCUGGGUGAUUUCGCUUGGAAAACUUCUCAAUGAGUCCGCAAAGGAGGAGCUCUAUAAUCUUUACGAAGAGAUGGAGAGCCUGGCCAAAAACCUGAAGAAGAGCCCCAGUACCCUUGAGGAUCUCAAGUUUGUCCUUGCGACAAUUGCAGAAAUUAGAAGUAAAUCUUUAGUCAUGGAACUAAGGUACAGGGAUGUCCAGGAGAGGUACCGAACCAUGGCGAUGUAUAACAUCUACCCUUCUGAUGCGGAGAAAGAGCUGGUUGAUAAUAUUGAAAGCAUGUGGUCAAAUCUGUUUAAUGAUUCAGUGAACGUGGAACGCACUCUUGGGGGCAUAAAGAGAACUUUCACAGAGAUUACUCGAAACGAAAUAUUAAACUACAGGCAGCAGAUAGAGGAUUUCGCAAAGUGUUUUUAUCUUGAAGGCCCCGGUUCUGUUGGUGAAGAUCUCGAUAGCGGAAUAGAACUUUUAGCCACUUUUGAAAGAGAGCUGAUAAAACAUGAAAGGAACCGUCAGGAGCUGGCCAACGCGGAGAAACUUUUUGAUCUUCCAAUUACAAUGUACCCAGAGCUGAUCAAAGCGCAGAAGGAAAUGAGCGGCCUGAAGCAGAUUUACGAGCUCUACCAAGACCUGAAGGUUGCAAAGGACGAGUGGUCGCAGACGCUCUGGAUCAACCUCAACGUGCAGUUCCUCCAGGAAGGAAUCGAAGAUUUCCUCAGGGCGCUCAGAAGGCUGCCCCGGCAGGUCCGGAACUUGUCCGUGGCUUACCACUUGGAAGCGAAGAUGAAGGCGUUCAAAGACUCGAUUCCUCUCCUCCUUGACUUGAAGCACGAGGCGCUCAGGGACAGGCAUUGGAAAGAGCUUAUGGAAAAAACAGGUGUGUUUUUUGAAAUGACCGAAACGUUCACCUUGGAUAAUAUGUUUGCCAUGGAGCUCCACAAACACACGGAAGUUCUCAAUGAGAUCGUAACCGCGGCCAUCAAGGAGAUUGGCAUCGAGAAGGCAGUGAAGGAAAUCCUGGACACGUGGGAAAAUAUGAAAUUUACCGUGGUCAAGUAUUACAAGGGCACCCAGGAGCGAGGCUACAUCCUGGGGUCUGUGGACGAGAUCAUCCAGUGCCUCGACGACAACACUUUCAACCUGCAGAGCAUCUCGGGGAGCAGAUUUGUAGGGCCUUUUCUGCAGACGGUUCACAAAUGGGAGAAAACACUUUCCCUAAUAGGGGAAGUCAUCGAGAUUUGGAUGUUGGUGCAGAGAAAGUGGAUGUACCUGGAAAGCAUCUUUAUCGGGGGGGAUAUCAGGUCGCAGCUCCCGGAGGAGGCGAAGAAGUUCGACAACAUCGACAGAGUGUUUAAAAGGAUCAUGGGCGAGACCUUGAAGGACCCCGUGAUCAAGAGAUGCUGCGAGGCCCCGAACCGCCUCGGCGACUUACAGCACAUCAGCGAGGGCCUCGAGAAGUGCCAGAAGAGCCUGAACGACUACUUGGAUUCCAAGAGGAACGCCUUCCCCAGGUUCUUCUUCAUUUCCGACGACGAGCUGCUCAGCAUCCUGGGGAACAGCGACCCGCUCUGCGUCCAGGAGCACAUGAUCAAGACGUGUUUUGACAUCACUGAGAUCGGCCCAGGCGAACGUGGCCUGGGAAAGCGCCGAGGGUCCCGGGAUCUGCCGCGCACCAUCCACGGUCAUCUUAGCUUUACCCUGCGCCCCUGCAUGUCCUCCGGUCACGUUGCUUCCACCUUGCCCGCUCUCCGACUUCCUAGGCUCGUCGUCUUCUGCAAGGCCAGUGACCCGGAACUCCACACAGUCACGCACCUGUACCUUUCAGUGUGUGCGUGUCGGCCAGCUAUCUUCCUGCCUCGCCAGAAGGGUUUUACUACCGUUUGCUUACCCGAAAUGCUUACUUUGCCUGCCCUGUUCCGGAUCAAAGAAAUCGGUUCUUACUGGGACUGUCUUUGGUACGUGAGGAAAAGUCUUGUGAAGGUGUGCUUUUCCUUCAGGGUCGACUGGAUGCUCCUGUAUCAAGGGAUGGUGGUGCUGGCCGCCAGCCAGGUGUGGUGGACCUGGGAGGUGGAAGAUGUCUUCCGCCAGGUGCAGAAAGGGGAGAAGCAGGCCAUGAAGAACUAUGGCAAGAAAAUGCACCAGCAGAUCGAUGAGCUGGUCACCCGGAUCACCACGCCCUUGAGCAAAAACGACAGGAAGAAAUACAACACCGUUCUCAUCAUCGACGUGCACGCCAGAGACAUAGUGGACUCUUUCAUAAGGGGCAGCAUUCUCGACGCCCAGGAGUUCGAAUGGGAAAGUCAGCUGCGGUUUUACUGGGAUCGGGACCCGGACGAGCUGAACAUCCGCCAGUGCACGGGGACCUUCAGCUACGGCUACGAGUACAUGGGCUUGAACGGGAGGCUGGUCAUCACAGCCCUCACCGACCGGAUUUACCUGACUCUGACGCAGGCACUGUCCAUGUAUCUGGGCGGGGCCCCUGCCGGCCCAGCCGGCACCGGCAAAACCGAGACCACCAAGGACCUGGCCAAAGCCUUGGGCUUGCUGUGCGUCGUGACCAACUGCGGCGAAGGCAUGGAUUACAAAGCCGUCGGUAAGAUUUUCUCCGGCCUCGCGCAGUGUGGGGCUUGGGGCUGCUUCGAUGAGUUUAACCGGAUCGAUGCCUCCGUGCUGUCCGUCAUCUCGUCGCAGAUCCAGACCAUCCGAAACGCCCUGAUCCAUCAGCUAACCACAUUCCAGUUUGAAGGGCAGGAGAUCUCGCUGGACCCGCGCAUGGGCAUCUUCAUCACCAUGAACCCCGGCUACGCGGGCCGCACGGAGCUGCCCGAGUCGGUGAAGGCGCUCUUCAGGCCGGUGGUGGUGAUCGUGCCUGACCUGCAGCAGAUCUGCGAGAUCAUGCUCUUCUCCGAGGGCUUCCUCUGGGCCAAGAUCCUGGCCAAAAAGAUGACCGUUCUGUAUAAGCUGGCUCGGGAGCAGCUGUCCAAGCAGCACCAUUACGAUUUUGGGCUCCGGGCCCUGAAGUCGGUGCUGGUGAUGGCCGGCGAGCUGAAGAGAGGUUCUGCGGAGCUUCAGGAGGACGUGGUGCUGAUGCGGGCCCUGCGGGACAUGAACCUGCCCAAGUUCGUGUUCGAGGACGUCCCUCUCUUCCUCGGCUUGAUCUCCGACCUCUUUCCCGGGCUGGACUGCCCGCGGGUGCGCUACCCCAACUUCAACGACGCCGUGGAGCAGGUGCUGGAGGAGGCGGGCUUCGUCGUCUUACCUGUCCAGGUGGAUAAAGUGGUUCAGAUGUUCGAGACCAUGUUGACCCGCCACACGACAAUGGUGGUGGGGCCCACGGGAGGGGGCAAGUCCGUGGUCAUCAACACGCUGUGCCAGGCCCAGACCAGGCUUGGGCUCACGACAAAGCUGUACACCCUGAACCCUAAAGCCAUGAGCGUCAUCGAGCUCUACGGCAUCCUGGACCCCACCACCCGAGACUGGACAGAUGGGGUGCUGUCUAACAUCUUCAGGGAGAUCAACCGGCCCACGGAUAAGAAGGAGAGGAAGUAUAUUUUGUUCGACGGGGACGUGGACGCCUUGUGGGUGGAAAACAUGAACUCGGUGAUGGACGACAACAAGCUGCUGACGCUGGCCAACGGCGAGCGCAUCCGGCUCCAAGCGCACUGUGCUCUGCUCUUUGAGGUCGGAGAUUUACAGUACGCCUCUCCUGCAACUGUGUCUCGAUGCGGAAUGGUUUAUGUGGAUCCCAAAAACUUGAAAUAUCAACCAUUCUGGAAGAAAUGGGUUAAUCAAAUACCAAACAAGGUGGAGCAAGGCCAUUUGCAGAGUCUCUUUGAGAAGUACGUGCCCUAUCUCAUCGACGUGAUAGUGGAAGGGGUAGUGGACGGGCGGCAAGGAGAGAAGCUGAAGACCAUCGUGCCUCAGACAGACCUGAACAUGGUGACCCAGUUAACCAAGAUGCUGGACGCGCUGCUCGAAGGAGAGGUGGAAGACCCGGACCUCGUGGAGAGCUGCUUCCUGGAGGCUCUGUACUGCUCCCUGGGCGCCUCCCUGCUGGACGAGGGCAGGGCGCGGUUCGACGAGUGCGUCAAACGCCUGGCGUCGCUGCCGUCCGCCGACACGGAAGGGGUUUGGGCCAACCCCGGGGAACUGCCAGGUCACCUCCCAACCAUGUACGACUUUCAUUUUGAUUCUGCCCAGAAGAAAUGGAUACCCUGGAAUAACUUAGUUCCGAAGUAUGUUCACUCUCACGAGAGGAAAUUCAGCGACAUCCUGGUUCACACGGUGGACACGACCCGCACCACCUGGAUGCUGGAGCAGAUGGUUAAGAUUAAACAACCUGUCAUUCUGGUCGGUGAAUCUGGCACCUCGAAGACGGCCACCACCCAGAACUUCCUCAAAAAUCUGAGCGAAGAGGCUAAUAUCGUCUUAAUGGUCAAUUUCUCCUCCCGCACCACAUCCCUGGAUAUCCAAAGAAAUUUAGAAGCGAACGUGGAAAAACGAACCAAAGACACGUACGGCCCCCCCAUGGGCAAACGCCUGCUGGUGUUCAUGGACGACAUGAACAUGCCAAAGGUGGACGAAUACGGCACCCAGCAGCCGAUCGCCCUGCUGAAGCUGCUGCUGGAGAAAGGGUACUUGUACGACCGGGGCAAGGAGCUGAACUGCAAAAGCAUUCGCGACCUCGGCUUCGUCGCCGCCAUGGGAAAAGCUGGAGGAGGCCGCAACGAAGUGGAUCCGAGAUUCAUUUCCCUGUUCAAUGUCUUCAAUGUUCCAUUCCCUUCCGAGGAGUCUUUGCAUUUAAUUUACUCCUCCAUCCUGAAAGGCCAUACCUCGGUGUUUCACGAGAGCAUCCAGGCUGUGAGUGACGAGCUGACGUUCUGCACGCUGGAGCUUUACGAAAACAUCGUGCAGGAACUGCCUCCCACACCAUCCAAGUUCCACUACAUCUUUAACCUCCGCGACCUCUCGCGGGUUUUCAACGGGCUGGUCCUCACUCACCCGGAGCGGUUCCAGACGGUGACCCAGAUGGUGAGAGUCUGGAGGAACGAAUGUCUGAGAGUCUUCCACGACCGGUUAAUCAAUGAGACUGACAAAGAGCUGGUACAAGAGCACAUCAGAGACUUGGUUACGGAGCAUUUUAACGAUGACGUGGAGGUGGUGAUGAGGGACCCCAUCCUCUUUGGGGACUUCCGGAUGGCUCUGCAUGAAGAGGAAAUGCGCAUUUAUGAAGACAUCCAGGACUACGAGGCAGCCAAGGCUUUGUUCCAGGAAAUCCUCGAGGAGUACAACGAAAGCAACACCAAAAUGAACCUGGUUCUCUUUGACGACGCCCUGGAGCAUCUGACGCGCGUGCACCGCACCAUCAGGAUGGGGCUCGGCCAUGCCCUGCUGGUGGGCGUCGGCGGCUCGGGGAAGCAGUCUCUCGCCAGGCUGGCCGCCUUCACCGCCGGCUACGAGGUGUUCGAGAUCCUCCUGAGCCGAGGCUACUCCGAGAACAACUUCCGGGAGGACCUGAAGAGCCUUUACCUGAAGCUGGGCCUCGAGAACAAAACGGUGAUGUUCCUGUUCACCGACGCCCACGUGGCCGAGGAGGGCUUCCUGGAGCUCAUCAACAACAUGCUGACCUCAGGAAUCGUACCCGCGCUCUUCCCGGACGAGGAGAAGGAGUCUGUUCUCAGUCAGAUCGGGCAAGAGGCUCUGAAGCAGGGGAUGGGCCCGGCCAAGGAGUCCGUGUGGCAGUACUUCGUAAACAAGAGCGCCAACAACCUGCACGUCGUCCUGGGCAUGUCGCCCGUGGGGGACACCCUGAGGACCCGGUGCAGAAACUUCCCAGGUCUGGUAAAUAACACCGGCAUCGACUGGUUCAUGCCCUGGCCUUCCCAGGCCCUGCAUGCGGUGGCCAAGUCAUUUCUAGGGGAUAAUCUGAUGAUCCCAGCAGAGUAUACAGAAAGUCUAGUCGAACAUGUGGUUCUGGUCCACCAAUCUGUGGGUGAAUUCAGCAUACAAUUUCUGCAGAAACUGAGACGCAGCAACUAUGUAACUCCCAAGAAUUACCUGGAUUUUAUUAACACGUACUCGAAAUUGCUGGAUGAGAAAACUCAGUACAACAUAGCCCAGUGCAAGCGUCUGGAGGGGGGGCUGGACAAGCUGAAGGAGGCCACCAUUCAGCUGGACGAGCUGAACCAGAAGCUGGCCGAGCAGAAGAUCGUGCUGGCGGAGAAGUCUGCUGCCUGCGAGGCUCUGCUGGAGGAGAUCGCCAUCAACACGGCCACAGCGGAGGAAAAGAAGAAGCUCGCGGAAGAAAAGGCCGUGGAGAUAGAGGAGCAGAACAAGGUCAUCGCCGUGGAGAAGGCCGAGGCCGAGACGGCCCUUGCCGAGGUCAUGCCCAUCCUGGAGGCCGCCAAGCUGGAGCUGCAGAAGCUGGACAAGUCAGACGUGACCGAGAUUAGGUCCUUCGCCAAGCCCCCGAAGCAGGUGCAGACGGUGUGCGAGUGCAUCCUCAUCAUGAAGGGGCACAAGGAGCUCAGCUGGAAAGCCGCCAAGGGCAUGAUGUCCGACCCCAACUUCCUGCGAUCGCUGAUGGAGAUCGAUUUCGAUUCGAUCACCCAGGGCCAAGUGAAAAACAUCAGAGUCCUUUUGAAGACUCUCAACACCACGACCGAGGAAAUGGAAGCCGUGAGCAAGGCCGGCCUGGGCAUGCUGAAGUUCGUCGAGGCCGUGAUGGGCUACUGCGAUGUCUUCAGGGAAAUCAAGCCCAAGAGAGAAAAGGUGGCCAGGCUGGAGCGGAACUAUUACCUCACGAAGCGCGAGCUGGAAAGGAUCCAGAACGAGCUGGCGACGAUCCAGAGAGAGCUGGAAGCUUUGGGAGCCAAAUACGAGGCAGCCAUCCUGGAGAAGCAGAAGCUGCAGGAGGAAGCCGAAAUCAUGGAGCGGCGGCUGAUCGCGGCCGACAAGCUCAUCUCGGGGCUGGGGUCUGAGAACGUCAGGUGGCUGAACGACUUGGACGAGCUGAUACACCGGCGGGUGAAGCUGCUGGGUGACUGCCUGCUCUGCGCAGCCUUCCUGAGCUACGAAGGCGCCUUCACGUGGGAGUUCCGUGACGAGAUGGUCAGCCAGGUGUGGCAGAACGACAUCCUGGAGCGGGCGAUCCCCCUGAGCCAGCCCUUUCGAUUAGAGAGCCUGCUCACGGAUGACGUUGAGAUCAGCAGGUGGGGCUCCCAGGGACUGCCCCCCGAUGAGCUCUCCAUUCAGAACGGCAUCCUCACCACCCGGGCCAGCCGCUUCCCCCUCUGCAUCGACCCCCAGCAGCAAGCCCUCAACUGGAUAAAGAGGAAGGAGGAGAAAAACAACCUUCGGGUCGCCUCCUUCAAUGACCCUGACUUCCUGAAGCAGCUCGAGAUGGCCAUAAAGUACGGGACGCCCUUCCUGUUCCACGACGUGGACGAGUACAUCGACCCCGUGAUCGACAACGUCCUGGAGAAGAACGUGCGCGUCUCCCAAGGACGGCCGUUCAUCAUCCUGGGCGACAAGGAAGUGGACUAUGACUCCAACUUCAGACUCUAUCUGAACACCAAGCUGGCCAACCCCAGCUACUCCCCGUCCGUGUUCGGGAAGGCCAUGGUGAUCAACUACACGGUCACGCUGAAGGGCCUGGAGGACCAGCUGCUGAGCGUGCUGGUGGCCUACGAGAGACACGAGCUGGAGGAGCAGAGGGAGCACCUCAUCCAGGAGACGAGCGAGAACAAGAACCUGCUGAAGGAUCUGGAAGACUCCCUCCUCCGGGAACUAGCCACCUCCACGGGCAACAUGCUGGACAACGUGGACCUGGUGCACACCCUGGAGGAGACCAAGUCCAAAGCCAUGGAGGUGUCGGAGAAGCUCAAGCUGGCGGAGAAGACGGCCUUGGACAUCGACAGGCUGCGGGACGGCUACCGGCCGGCCGCCAGGCGGGGGGCCAUCCUGUUCUUCGUGCUGUCCGAGAUGGCGCUCGUGAAUGCCAUGUACCAGUACUCGCUGAACGCCUUCCUCGAAGUCUUCGGGUUCUCACUGAAGAAGUCGCUGCCGGACUCCAUUCUCAUGAAGCGGUUAAGGAACAUAAUGGACACGCUGACCUUCAACAUCUAUAACUACGGCUGCACAGGGUUGUUUGAGAGCCACAAGUUACUCUUUUCGUUCAAUAUGACUAUCAAGAUAGAACAAGCAGAAGGGCGAGUCCCCCAGGAAGAACUAGAGUUCUUCUUAAAAGGAAACAUUUCCCUGGAGAAAAGCAAACGAAAAAAGCCCUGCGCUUGGCUGUCUGACCAGGGAUGGGAAGAUAUCAUUCUUUUAUCGGAAAUGUUUCCGGAUAACUUCAAGCAUCUUCCUGACGAUGUGGAGAAACACCCGUCCGUCUGGCAGGAGUGGUAUGACCUGGACUCGCUUGAGCAGUCCCCAUUCCCCUUGGGCUACGAUGACAACAUCACCCCUUUCCAGAAGCUGCUUAUUUUGCGUUGUUUCCGCGUGGAUCGGGUCUAUCGGGCUGUGACCGACUAUGUGACUGUGACAAUGGGAGAGAAGUACGUGCAGCCCCCGAUGAUCAGCUUUGAAGCCAUCUUCGAGCAGAGCACUCCGAACUCGCCCAUAGUGUUCAUCCUCAGCCCCGGGUCCGACCCCGCCAGUGACCUCAUGAAAUUAGCCGAGCGCAGUGGUUUUGGGGGAAACCGCCUCAAAUUCCUCGCCAUGGGUCAAGGUCAAGAAAAGGUGGCUCUGCAGCUGCUGGAGACCGCCGUGGCUCGCGGGCAGUGGCUGAUGCUGCAGAACUGCCACCUCCUGGUCAAGUGGCUGAAGGACCUGGAGAAGGCCCUGGAGAGGAUCACCAAGCCCCACCCAGACUUUCGCCUGUGGCUCACCACCGACCCCACCAAGGGCUUCCCCAUCGGGAUCCUGCAGAAGUCCCUCAAGGUUGUCACGGAGCCACCCAACGGGCUGAAGCUCAACCUGAGGGCCACUUACUUCAAGAUCUCCCACGACCUGCUGGAGCAGUGCCCGCACCCUGCUUUCAAGACCCUGGUCUACGUGCUGGCGUUUUUCCACGCGGUGGUGCAGGAGAGGAGAAAGUUCGGGAAGAUCGGGUGGAAUGUGUACUACGACUUCAAUGAGUCGGACUUCCAGGUCUGCAUGGAAAUUCUGAACACGUACUUAACGAAAGCCUUCCAGCAACACGACCCUCGGAUCCCGUGGGGCAGCCUCAAGUACCUGAUCGGAGAGGUCAUGUACGGCGGGCGAGCCAUCGACAGCUUCGACCGGCGCAUCCUGACCACGUACAUGGACGAGUACCUGGGGGACUUCAUCUUCGACACCUUCCAGCCGUUCCACUUCUUCCGGAACAAGGAGGUGGACUAUAAAAUCCCCGUGGGUGACGUGAAGGAGAAGUUCGUCGAAGCCAUCGAGGCCCUCCCGCUGGCCAACACACCCGAGGUGUUUGGUCUCCAUUCCAACGCCGAGAUUGGGUACUACACUCAGGCGGCCCGGGACAUGUGGGCCCACCUGCUGGAGCUGCAGCCCCAGACCGGGGACUCCAGCACUGGCAUCAGCCGAGACGAUUACAUUGGCCAGGUGGCCAAGGACAUCGAAAACAAGAUGCCUCAGGUCUUCGACUUGGAGCAGGUGCGGAAGCACCUGGGGCUGGGGAUCUCCCCCACGUCGGUGGUGCUCCUGCAGGAGCUGGAGCGCUUCAACAAGCUGGUCUUCCGGAUGGCCAGGUCCCUGGCCGAGCUGCAAAGGGCCUUGGCGGGAGAAGUUGGGAUGAGCAGCGAGCUGGACGACGUCGCCCGGUCGCUCUUCAUCGGGCAGAUCCCUAACAUCUGGAGGAAGCUCGCCCCCGACACCCUGAAGUCCCUCGGAAACUGGAUGCUCUACUUCCAUGAAUUACGUCUUUUAUCGCGAACUCAGCUUCCGGGCCUGGCGUUUGACGGCAGCGCCAAGCCCCACCCGCUGCCCCCCGCUUCUCUCCAGGUCACCGAGGGUGAGCCCGGCGUGAUGUGGCUCUCGGGGCUGCACAUCCCCGAAUCCUACCUCACGGCCCUGGUGCAGGCCACCUGUCGGAGGAACGACUGGCCACUGGACCGCUCCACCUUGUUCACGCAAGUGACCAAGUUCCAAGAUGCUGACGAAGUGAGUGAGCGGGCAGGACAAGGAUGCUUUGUGUCAGGACUGUACCUAGAAGGUGCUGACUGGGACACAGAAAGAGGGUGUCUCGUCAAGAGCAAGCCCAAGGUGCUGGUGGUGGACCUGCCGAUCCUGAAGAUCAUCCCCAUCGAAGCCCACCGCCUCAAACUGCAGUACACCUUCCGCACGCCGGUCUACACCACCUCCACCAGAAGGAACGCCAUGGGGGUUGGCCUGGUGUUCGAGGCUGAUCUCUUUACCACGAAGCACAUUUCCCACUGGGUGCUGCAAGGCGUGUGCCUCACCCUGAAUUCUGAUUGACCCUCCGGGCGGAGGGAUCCGUGAACCACCAUCGAGUCUGCUGUCACUUCUUGGGGCCUCUCAAGAGGCAGGAGGGGACUGACGACGAUUUUCCUGUCAUUUGAAAUUAGCCACUUUAAUCUCUUUCCACAUAAAUUAACCUGAAUGGUUUUGUUUAAGCUAUUUUUUAAGGAUUCGAAAAAAAGUAAAUUCUUCAAAAAUGA